AUGGUGGCAUCAAAGUUGGUGCUGUCACUGCUGGUUGUGGCUCUCCUGCUGCAUAUGGCCACCACGCUGAAGAUCAGUGCCUUCAACAUCAAGGCAUUUGGGGACAGCAAGAUGUCCAACCAGACUAUCGCAGAUAUCAUCGUCUCUAUUCUGUCUGGGUACGACAUCACCCUGGUGCAGGAGGUCCGGGAUGCCGACCUGAGUGCUGUGAAGAAGCUCAUGGACCAGCUCAACAGGGCAUCCAUGCACCCAUACAGCUUUUUGAACAGCAUCCCCCUGGGUCAGAGCAGCUACAAGGAGCAAUACCUCUUCAUCUACAGGUCGGACAUGGUCUCUGUGCUGGGAAGCUACUACUAUGAUGACGGCUGUGAGUCCUGCGGGACUGAUACCUUCAGCAGGGAGCCCUUCAUUGUCAAGUUCUCUUCACCCACCACACAGGUGGAGGAGUUUGUGCUGGUGCCCCUGCAUGCUGAGCCCAGCAGCGCAGCAGAGGAGAUCGACGCGCUCUACGAUGUCUACACUGAUGUCAUCAACAAGUGGGCAACUAACAACAUUCUUCUCCUGGGCGACUUCAACGCCGACUGCUCCUACGUGACCAGUGCCCAGUGGCCGUCCAUCCGCCUGCGCUCCCUUGACGCCUGUGAGUGGCUCAUCCCCGACAGUGCCGACACCACUGUCACCAACACCACCGACUGCGCCUAUGACCGCAUCGUUGCCUGUGGCACCAUGCUGCGCCAAGACAUCAAGCCUGGCUCAGCCACCAUCAACAACUUCCAGAAGACUUUCCACCUCCAGAGCAAGGAUGCUUUGGCUGUCAGCGACCAUUUCCCAGUGGAGGUGACCCUGAAAGUCCGCUGA